AAUAUUAUUUUAUUUUUUAUUAGUUCAAUUCCAAUUUUUUAUCUAAAAAAAUUUUUUUCUCAAAAUUUAUGCCCUCCCCUCUAUAUUAUUAGACUCUACUGUACACCUCCCCACCCACUAUUGUUUAUUUUUCCGAAAAUUGUUUAUUUACUGCUUAUUUUGUUUCCGGAAAGUUUAGUUCCUUUAUAAAUAUACAUUGAACAUGCCAACAAGUUUAAUUAUAAAUAUAUAUUUCUAUUUCCGGAAAGAGUUAUUUUUCUUCUCUAUUUUUACUCCGGAAAGUUUAUUUUUCUUUAUAUUUCUUUUCCGGAAAGUUUUGUAUUUUCCAGAAGUUCUUGUAUUUUCCGGAAAGUUUAUUUUUCUUCUCUUCUAUUUCUUUUCCGUAAAGUUUUAUCUUCCUUUAUAUUUAGUUUCCGGAAAGUUUUAUGCUCAAAAAUAUUUUCUAUAAAAAUUGUUUUACCCCAACCAAAAAUACAUUGAACAUGCCAACAAGUUUGAUUAAUAAAACAAGCAACAAUUUAGUCUGUACACAACAAUAUACUUUAUUAAUUCACCCAAAUAAUUGUUUAAUUCAAUCAACAAGUAAAUUAACUUGUGACGAAAGUAAAAAUAAAUUAAAGGAGAAAAACCUCCAUUUUGUGAAAGCAGCAAAAUUCCCAAAAGCUCCACAAAAAGAAAUGUGUUGCGGGUCUGGAUGUCCAAAUUGUGUCUGGCUACAAUAUGUAGACAAUGUUUUGGAUUAUGUUAAGAGCCUGCCACUUGAUGAAAAAGUUAUUGAAGAGCAAAAAAGACAUAUUCGGGAUGAACUAGAAAAAAAUGUUGAAGACGAGAAUCUUCGAAUGUUUUUAACUAUUGAAAUUGAAUCUAAAGGUCUUUAA